AUGGACUGCCUCAAGGUUCCCGAGGCCGGCCUGCUCUUGCAGCGCCCCUCCAGCCAGGACGCUCCUCCUCCGCUCCAAGCUUUCAGCCUCUCCCUCAGCCGCAGCGUCAUUGACGGUCUCCUCCAAGCCAAUCGUAACGGAAGCUCUAUUAAUCUUGCUCUUGGAAAGACUCCUACCCUCCAAUAUGGCAACAAAUCUCAUCGCAUACCACGCCCCGAUAACUCGUCGCCGUACGAACUCUAUUUAACACGCCCCUACGACUCUACUCGUGUGGCCACGAGACUUCCCAACACGACCAACCUAUUCACCAAACCCCCCCAGCCUAAGACGAAGCAAAAAACGACGUCUUCGAACAAGGGCGCAGACUCUGGGCUGGAUUCUGACAUGGAGGCGCUUCAAAAUGGGAUAGCGGCUCGCGAAGCGGCCAAGGAAAGGACGCAAAUGAUCGAGCGAGCCCCCAAGGCUGGUAAAUCCAUAAAGGCUAGGAGUAAGCUUCUCUCAGGUUAUAAUGCCGUUCCUCGAUCGAUAGCGACGUCACCAAGCCACAACCAGUCUCCGGCGACCCCUCCAGCACCUUCAGCAGCGAAACAGGCCGUGGAGAAAGCCAAGGAACAGAGGGUACCCUUAGUUCAUGAACUGGCAACUGGCGAAAAGUCAAUAGAUCACCUCCAGCAAAAAUGGGUUGGUCGGCCAGAGGACUUUAAGAAUACGUUGGAAAAGAUGGCCGAGUACAACUCCGACACCAAGUGUUGGAGUAUGAAGAAACCCUACUGGAAGGAACUCGACGUCUGGAAAUACGCCUACGACAGUCAGGAAGAACGACAAACCGCCAUCGAUAGCGCUAUCCGGCAAUAUGACAAGCAGCGGCUGUCUGCCUCGGAACCCGAAUGGCAGAAACUGCUCAAGAAGGAGGAGCGUGGCAAGGGCAAAUGCCUGAGCCGACUCCAAGCAUCCUUGGCAAAGGGACCAGCCCAACCUACUCCCAAAAUCAAGGUGCAGAAAGCCGACGACAGUUCUACCACUUCCAAGGAUGAUGGGGACGUCUCCAGUGACCGAAGCAGGGUUGGCGGUGAGACAAUGUCACGUACGAAUUCCACCGGCAGUGCUGCGAAGCCAAAAAAGCCAGUCAAAGAGCCGGAGGCAAAGCGGGCUGUUCCAGCCACCAAGUCGAAGGCCGUCGUACCCAAAACUUUAUCAACCAAGUCCAAGGUUGCCGGCGUCAAGACCAAUGGUGCACGUGUCUUGUCGCAAGCCAUUAUCGAAAACUCGGACUCAUCUGGGGAUGAAGCGCCACUCGCGCAGUCGAAACCGAAGCCGAAGCCAGUGCCUGCUGUCACCAAGGAACCUCUGGCACGUCCUGCACCGAAGCCUGCUGCCAAGCCUAUCGCCAAGCCUGCUCCUGCAAAGCGACCUCACUACGAUGACGACGAGUCGAGUUCCAGUUCGGGAACUCCGCUGUCAAAGAGGCUGAAGCAAAAGCCUCCGCCACAGACUGGCUCGAGGCUCAAGGAACGUGUGCCGGCCAUGCAGAACCCCGGUCGUCCUGCUGCAAAGACCACCGCGACUCGGCCGAAGAAUACGUCACCAAUCAAGUCAUCGCCGCUAGCCACUUCACCGCCCACCAACGCCUCUGAUAUCGAGUCGGACCACCCUCCGCCGGCUAGGAAGCGCAAGGCGGAGUUGGAUGAUAGGGCGAGAGCCGCGAAGCGCCCGGCAACGGUGAAGGUGACGCCAGAAGUGUUGGACAGAGCGACAAAGUUCAAGGAGUACUACGCCAAGUACGAAGCUUUGCACUACCAGAUUGAGGAGAUGGCCCGCCCGCCGCAGGACAAGGUCGAUAACCUGAUCACCAUGCGAGUCAGGCUGCUGGAAAUGAAGAGAGACUUUUACAGAAAUCGCUGA